AUGCGUUUUGAUUUUGUGAAUUCCCUUCCGCUGCCUACACCUGUACAGUUAACAAUACAAAUCCCACCAGCUUUAAAUAUAUCCAAGUCAACGUCAAAAGAAGUCAAUAGCUUCAGUUGUAGUAAUAAUAGUGGUGUUAUAAUUACAUCUUAUCAAUCGAAGGACACUGAGUUACCAAAGCAGUCAAUUUCAUCAUCACCACACGAAGUUGAUCGGUCUUGCUGUACAUUUUCACCAAGUUCCACAUGCCCCCAACAACAAGAGUUUUGUAAUUAUUUGGGUUUAACUGGCAUGUCCACUGCCAAUGCAGUUGCGAGCGCAGUGGCUGAUUUAGCUAAGUGUAAUUUAACAAGGCGUUCUUUACGUGUACGACGCUUGAAACAACAGGAGAGAAAGGAAAAUAAUCGAAAGAUAACAAAAGACUCUGUUAUGAGAAAUGAAUCUGUCUCAACAAUAAUUGAAGCAAGGAUGAAAGCAGGUCAAAUUAUUCAACAAAAUGAAACAAGUGGAAAAAUGUCUCAUCUACCAUCAACACACGAUGAUAUCCAUGUCGGAGAGAGUCCAAAAAUGGUUUCGCCCUUUAGCGGUCACAGUGCAAUUGAAAAGCGCGAAAACUCCAAACUUAAUAAAGAAGUUCCAGUGCCUGUACACAAAAAAUUAUCUCGACAUUAUAAUCAGCAUGUUACAAAUUCAAAUGAUAAUUCGACGUGUCCGCGCUCAUCGAUAAGUGAAGUUUAUUGUGAUGGAAUUAGCAGCAACCCUAUGCCUAAUGUACCGCAAGAAAUCCAAAACAAAUCACAAGCAAACUACAUAAUUUCACCUAAGCAACACAGCACAUAUUCUUCUUUUAAAUAUAUUCAGACUGCUAAAAGUGCACAAGAUUCGGAUCGCAUUAAACUACAAUUGCAUCAUAAGUUCAAAAAAUAUUUAGAAGCAUCGCGUAAACUUAAGCCCAGUAUAUACAUUGUACAAAGUCUGCAUAACAAUGAUACGCGGCAGAGCUUACAAUCUGAAGAAAAUUGCUUCGCAGAGGUAGAAGUAGAAAAUACAUCUUUAGAGAAAAAUAUUCUCAAAAAUAACUCAAGCGCUUUAUAUAACGUAGAAGAUAAAAACAAAUCUAAAUUACAAGAUAAGCAAUUAUUGCAUCUAAAGAAUCGUCAGGUCUCAAGACAAAAAAAAAAGAAUGAACGAUUACGCAAAUUAUUAGCUGUUGCCACACCUUGGCAUAGAAUAAAAAAUCAGCGCCAACUUCGCAAUCGAAAAAUCUUCUUGGUGAAAAAGAUAAAAGCGACAUCAAAUAAAAUUCUAAGGCCAAAACGGAAAGAAAUUAAUAUAGAUCAAGCAGAACAUUGCAGUGUAAUCUCACUUGUAAAUAGCGAUACAUCUAAAGCAAGGAAUUCAAAAUUAAAGAAAGAAAAACUUCAAGAAUAUAAAAGCAAACAUAGAAAUCUUCUUAAUAGUCGUUUACGGUCUAGGAGCACGACCUCGCCCGCUGAUACAUCUACUGAGAAUCAAAAUACAAAAUGUAUGAACGAAAACCCGUCGCUAGAACAACUAUGUAAACAAUCUAAAUCACACGGAUUUAAUCAAUCUACGAAAUUAAGCAAUAACGUGGAAGUAAAUCUGAAUGUAUCGACUCAAGAACACGAAACUGUUGUUGUCUCAUCAACAACCAACAGCUAUGAUGAAGCGAUGUUGCUCAAACUAAAUAAUCCUAGCCGCACAUCACAUGAACUUAAGUCAAUACAGGACGAUAUUUUGCCCAAAGAUAACAAUACACAAAGCCCUGAACCGCUAGGUAUACAUUUCGUUAGUUCGCCUAGCAAACAACUUCAGAAUCCUGUGAAAAUUUCAUUUGGACGCAUUGAUUACAUUUAUUAUGAAAUGGAUGUGCUAAUAGUGGUUCAGGAGAAGCUUGUUAGUUUUUGGAAGUAUUUUAAGCUAAUUAAUGUUUUAGCAGAAUCACAGGCAUACGGAAAAUGUAAUUUUCGAUUAAGUAAUGGUGCUAUAGGCUUGCCUAACAAUUCUUCUUCAAGUGAUCCAUCACCUACUUGGUUGUCGUUGGGGGAUUGUCGUCGGAUUACCACCGAUAUGGAAAUAUCAACAUCAUAUGCUAAUCGUAUUUGCGUCCAUAAUUCUAUGCCGAUUUACGUAGAAAUGCGGUGCCGAGCUAUACCACAUGAGCGGCGAUAUUGUAAUCUUUUGUCUAUGUACAUUAAUAUUUACUAUUUUAAUGACGAGGAAAUGAUCGCCAAAAUACACUCAAUACAACUAGAUACAAUACAAGGUUUACCCUCAGAUGUUGUCUAUACUACUAUAACUGAAUCACGCUACUUUAUUAUGUCGUGGCCACAGCAAAAUAUAUUGGGAAAACCUCGUUCAGGCCUUUGUAAAUAUUCCAUAACACCAAAUUUAGAUACUUUAGCGAGCAUACGUGACUUUAAGCAUAUUCGCCAUUGUGUACGAUAUCUGGAAUGUACCACAGAUGAUAAACUUAUCGGCUUCGGAGAUACCCAGCUAACUGUAUGGGAUCAUCGUAGUGGCGACGUCUUAAUGAAUUAUGAGUUUAAUAUGAAUUUGGGUAUAAAUUUGGGUUCGAUAUAUUACCCUACCUUGGAAAUCGGACAAAAUAGUAUUCUGCUAUUGUUUCAAUAUACACAGAUUUCGGGGGAAUCAGAAGGGAAUGAGCUGGUGUUUAUUGCUUGCAGUAUAUCACAUACGACUCCUUCUCAUCGCAUUAUAAAACGUCUUAGAAUUCCCUAUUUAGUGUUUGACGAAGUUGGCAGUGCGAUAAACACCGGCGAUAACAUAAUUAUAACUACAAAAAAUGAUGAGGAAAUUUGGAUAAAUUGCGCAGAUGCAACUACCAUAACAAGAGUGCCACCUCAAAAUACGAGACGUUUUUAUGCACGAGGAAGAUCACAAAUUAUUGAAUUAACAUCUAAAAGCCUUACGGUUGACUCAUUUGCAAAUCAUGUAUUAAAGUUGGCGGCAAAUCCAGUAGUCAAAAAAGCGAGUACCGAUGUAAAAAUGUUGUAAAAUAAUGAUAAUUUUUUUUUUCAUUGGACAUAUACAUAUAUAUGUAUGCCCAUAGUUCGUUAACAUUAACCUUUCUUAAUCAUUAAUGAAAAUUGAUUAAAAAACAAUAAUUUCGCUCAUUAUUUUAAUUAAUGUAAAACCAUUGCACCCGAAUACUGCAUAUAAAUCAUAAAGAAUAAUUUGAAUAUUUCUCUUCUAGCCUUAAAUUUAGUGAUCACAAUACCGCAGGCAAUGCCUCAUAUAACAUUAUAUGUAGAUCCACAUACCAAAUAAAUAUAAUUCUUCAUUGAGAAUUGUUUUAAAAUAUUAAUUAAAUUUAUUCUUAUAAAUAUAAAUUCUUAUAAGGUUGUCAAUGUUUUGCCUGCAUUGGCAGUUUAAAUUAUGGUUUAUACAGAGAUCAUUUAUAGAGUAAAUUUGGAAAAAUUAUCUAAAAGUCCACUCCUAAUAUAUACAUAC